AUGGUGACAGUGGAGCUCCCCGCCGUGUCGGAGCUGGAUAUCGAGGGCUUCGUUUUCCCUCCCGUGGUGGCGAAGCCUCCGGGGUCCUCCAAGUCGCUGUUCCUCGGUGGCGCAGGUCGGCUUCCCGCUUGAUUUCUGCCCAGAUUUCAUUCGUCCUGUUUUUGUUUUGUUUUGCUGGUUCCCGGAGACUGAUCUAUGAUCCUGCUCUCGGAUCUGUGAUUCAGGGGUGAGGAGUCUGGAAAUCCAAGGGAGGGUGAUAAAAUUCACCUCCAUCGGGGUGUACGUGGAGGCGGAGGCUGUUCCAUCCCUCGCCGUCAAGUGGAACGAGAAGACGGCGGAGGAGCUGGCGGACUCCGUCGACUUCUUCCAAGAUAUCGUGACCGGUGAGAUGAAUCUUCAGUGCCGCGGUGUGGAUGAUCGCCAAAACAGGUCGUCCGAUGUGCGUCCUGAUGAGGCAUUGAUGUGAUUUUGUCGCGAACUCUUCGGAUCGGCUCGCAGGAGCUUUCGAGAAGUUCAUCAGGGUGACCAUGAUCUUGCCGCUGACGGGGCAACAGUACUCGGAGAAGGUGGCGGAGAACUGCGUGGCCUACUGGAAGGCCGUCGGGAUCUACACGGACGCAGAGGCCGAAGCCGUGGAGAAGUUAAAGGACACCUUCAAGGAUGAGACCUUUCCCCCGGGUUCCUCCAUCCUGUUCACGCAGUCCCCUUCUGGAUCCCUUACGGUGAGUCCUUUUCCCGCCAAAUUGAGCUCACUCGAAUCACGGAAUCUCCGAUCGCGAAUCCGGUCGCCGGUGCUGAUUCGAUCUUCUCGCUUCUCCGAUUUUAUCUCAGAUCGCGUUCUCCAAGGACAGCACCCUCCCGGAAUAUGGGAAAGCGGUGAUCGAGAACCAGGCAAUGUCACAGGCGGUCUUGGAGUCGGUUAUCGGCCAGCACGGCGUGUCCCCUGCAGCCAAGAAGAGCUUGGCGUCGAGGAUCUCGGAGCUCCUGAAGAGUGUUAAUGGCGGGGAGAACGGCCACGUUGAGGCGGCGCCACCGUCGCUGAACGGUCACGUUGGGCCAGCGGCACCGCUGCCGGAGAACGGCCACGUCAAGGCGGCGCCCCCCUCGGAGGACGGAACGACGCCGGAGAAGACUAGCCAGUGA